UGUCCCCUGCCCUGCUGGGGAUUGGCCCAUGGAAGCCCCGGGUGGAGCCUAUUGGCUGGCCACCACUUACCCACCACCACCGGGAGCUACAUAUAAAAGGCUAGCCUCCCCCCCCUAUUGGAGAACAUCGAGAUUUGGAUAGUUUGGGAGAAGUCUCUGUGAUCUGCACCUUUACGCCAGGACCGCCCGUCGGAAGGACAUUAUGGUCGCGCUGAAGAUCUCCUCACUCCUGGCCGUCCUGGGAUUGCUGGUGUGCCAGAUGUACAGCUCACAGGCGGCUCCCGUCAGACCCGGCUUGGAGUCAUUACCGGACCGGGUGACGGUCAGCGACUACGAGGCGCGGAGGUUACUAAACGCACUGGUGAAAGAAUUCGUACAGAUGACAGCAGAAGAGAUGGAGCAGGCGAGCGACGGGAACAGCAACGUGACCGCACAGAAGAGAGCGUGCAACACCGCCACCUGCGUCACCCACCGCCUGGCGGACUUCCUCAGCAGGUCAGGGGGAAUGGUGAAGAGUAAUUUCGUGCCCACCAACGUCGGCUCCAAAGCGUUUGGCAGGAGAAGACGAAGCCUCCAGGUCUAAAGUCUGCAAUGACAUCAGGAAUAUGAUUGCCAUGAAAUGAGAAUUCAACUUUCUUCCAAAAAACACAUCACAAAGGCCAAAUCAGACCCGUUCUGCAUCCGAACUCAUUUAGUUUUGUUUUUAUUUGGCGUUUUUUAGACAUUGCUAGAAAUGUUCUGUUAUUUAUUGUAUAAAGAGACAGAGAGACGUAUUUAUUACAAUCAGAUUAUUCUAUUCUUUUUAUAUCUUAUAUUUCCAAAUAAAAUCUGACAGCAUCCAUUGAUUCUUUCCAUCGCGGCGUCCGUGUGCGGCUCCUGGUGGGACUCCGCCUCCCUCAGGGGUCGGAGGAGGGGAGUGAUGGCGUGCCGUGCCUUGACCUAGAACAUUGGAAUAACAUGAUUGUACAGAAUGUUACAAAUAGAAUUAAACAUUGUAUUAAUUGUGAA